AUGUACUCAUCCAGAAGAGGAGCCCGGGUAUCUCGUCUGAAGGGAAUCAAUGAGUUCUUAUCCUUCGAAGAUGAGACUGAAGGAGGAGGAGGAGAAGGAGGUCUGGGGUCAGAGAGUGCUCCAGUAGCGAGCCCUAAAGCUGCUGAUACUUCAAGAACCAAGGCAGCUGGAAAGAGGGUUCUUACCGAAGCAGAAGAAGUUCAGUACGAGAAACGUACUUGCAGAAAACUGCUAGUAGACCCUCCUGCUGAGAAGUUGAUGGCGGAUGCUUUUAAAUCUGUCGGUGGAGAGGAAGAACAAGAACCAGUUGCUGCAAGUCAUCACGAUCCCAUAGGUCCUCAUUCUGGGGGUGCUACAUUUUCUGAAGCAUUCUCUUCUCAAUGUCCUUUGGACCCGGAAGAGGGUGGAGAUGAAUCCCUGAUUGGGGAUAUAGAGGCCUCUCCUGACAUUUCACCUUUUUCAGAGCUAGCUCCAGGUGUUACUCCUUCAUCUACAGGGGCACUGCCUGCAACGUCUCCAUCUGAAGGGGUUAAACUUCCUACAGGCGAACUGGUGACAGAUGAACUUGCAAAUGUUAAUGAGAGUCAGUCUCCCACCUCCUCUGCACUAUUGCCACACUCGGAGGCCAUUAUUCCUAGUCCAACGACUAGUCGAAUGAUUAUAGUGGAUACGACUGCGAGUUCUCCGGGAGCUUCAGCUGCAGACGAUGACGAACCGUUAGACUAUGGAAGCUCCUCUCGCAAUGAUGAUGUUGAUGAGAAUGAAAGUGAUGGUGACGAUUCCGCUGGCUGGGCUGAUCCGUCACCACCCUCUUCUGAUAAGGCGUCCGGUUAUCUUCCUUUUUACCCUACUGGUUCUCCAACUCAUGGGGUUGCUGAUGCGUCAUCGUCUCUCAACCCACAAGCAGCAGAUAUCCCUCCCUCUGAAUCGAUGCCGGUGACGACAAGUUCUUUGCCAGAAGCACCUCUUUCGCUAAAGAUUCCCCUCAAAUAUGUGGGGACAGAGAUUGUGUUGAGCUCAGCCCGAACAGGGGCGCUCAUGGCUCUACCCUCCAGUCCUUCACAUUUGGACAUAACAAUGGCUUCUCCGGCUUCUUCCCGAUCAUCACCUACUGUGCUCCCCAUCGACAUCUCUGAUGAAGUCUCUAAGUCCAGUGGUCAUCCCUUCCAUUCUAAAAGUUCUUAUACGACCGUUGGAAGAUAUGAUGAAGAUAGCGAUUGA